UCAGGUGACGGACGACGGGUCGGUGGUUGUUUUUGUGUUGCGUUCAUUUACCCUUUACAUUUACCCGCCAACAAAUAUCAUAUAUUCGUUUUAAAAAAACACGUAUACGCCGCGUUGCCACUGGGGCAAGUGAAUACAAAUUUAAAGUGCAAACGCAUCAAUUACAACAAUUGGAUUUAUAAUAAUAUAAUAAAAUCUACAAAAAUGCAUUCAAAGUUCAAUGUGUGCCGUUGCCUGCUGCUCGCCGUAAUCCUUGGCUGCUGUCUUGUGAAUGAGUCACAGGCUUACUGCUCGCUGGACGAGAUGAAAACGUUUGCGAUGGAGGCGUGCGAGCGACUGUUCCUACAGGAUGAGGGCAGGGAGCGACGGUCCAUAGACUACAGUGGUCAUCACGAAAAUAAACUAGCACAUGACAAAAUGCAUAAGGAUCAGCAUUAUAUUGGCAGGAGUAACUAUCCGCGCGGUGGCUAUCUCAAGGUCAGCAGGGAGCACUACCAUCGCCUCAUGCGACUGGAUGUGAUGCCCCGCUAUAAGCCACGAAAGCAGCACCAGGACAAGAAGAUGCGCUUCCGACGGGAUAGCUCCAGCAAAAGCUACAACAACAUCUCCUACUGCUGCUAUCAUCAUUGCAACGAGGAGUUCUUCUGCUGAGACGAGGAGCAGACAAAAUCAUUCCAGCGACAGGAAUUCCUUUAGAAGGCUAGUCAGCAACUGAUUCCGUCCUUAGAUCUAUCCUAUAUACAUAUUAUAAUAUUGACAUUAUCCACGCGCUCUCACUCUCAUAGAGUAGGUACCUUAAUUUGUUGAGACCACCAGCAAAUCUUGCCACAGUAUUAAACAGUAGAACAAUUAAUAAAGUAAUAAGUUUGUUAAGCUCCUAGUUCAUAAGGCAAUGCAUAUAAAAAACACAACACUAAUUAAGUAUAAAGUAUUAAAUACACUACGCUAAGCCAUA